AUGGGUUCAAAUGUAGCUACCGGAAAGCCAUUUUCAAGAUUUAUCAACGCCCUUGUUCCAUCAAUUUCAUCACCUCUCACCGUCCAAACCAUGCCACCGAGAAGACAAGGGUUAAAUUUGCCAAAGCUACGUCUAUGUCCCAACCAAAAGGUGGAUUUACCUGGUGUCAGCCAGGGAACAGUGAGGGUAUGGGGAGAGAACAAAACAGUCUACUUUGAAGGAGAGGAUGCCAAGAACGAUGAAGAGUUUGAUAAAGAAAGUCCAAGGAAGUUCAAGGGCAACAUUCCUCUGGUUGACAAGCUUGAGUACAAGAUUGAUGAGAUGAAGUACGUUGUUAAAGAUGGUGUCUUGAAAGUUAGGAUGCUUUUUGAUGUUGAACGUAGAGUUGUUACAAGUGCUCACCCUUAUGUUGUGGAAGGCAGCAACUAUCCUAUGAAUACUUUGAAGGAAGGUGAAGCUUCUUAUGUAAGGGUGGAUUUGCCUGGGGUCACCAUGGAUGCUGUGAAGGUGUGGAUAGACAAGGAUUUUCUCUACUUUGAAGGAGAGGAUCCCAAGAAUGAUCAGGAGCAUGACAAAGAACCUCCAAGAAGGUUCAAGGGUCAGAUUGCUCUGUCAACACAAUGCUUUCAUGAGGCUGAUGAGAUGAAGUUUAUGCUAAAAAAUGGUGUCUUGAUGGUUAUGAUUCCAUUCAAGGAAUGA